AUGAAGACCAUGGUGGGGAAAGGACCAUACACUGAAAAUACCCUACAAAAGAUUGUGAAGUUGAUCUGCAACUUUUAUGCAGACAAGGUGGAUGGUGAACGGCUGGUAUGGCUGUGUUGGCUGCUGGUGAAGCAUAAGGACGUCUACCUGAGAAUUCUCACCAAUGACUCCACUCAGGGACACCGGCAGAUCAUGAACAUCUUGGCACUCUGUCUCAGACAUCUGACGAGUAUUGCUGACAGUGGACAGUCCGCAGCAAUCCCCAUGCGUAUGUUGGAGGUAUUCACAACUCCUACCACUUUACAAAACCACAACUUCCUUAAGACCCUAUGGAGAUAUCUCAUUGAAAAAGGGUAUUUUGAGUGCAUGCGUCGCAUUUUGGAGCACAAGGUGCCAGGCAGCAUGGAGAGGGGUCCCCAGCCCUGCACACCUGUGGCUGCCAGAAUUCUUGACCUGGUCAUGCAGCCCAUCUGCUAUGCUGCGCAGUGUAAAGACUCAGCAUUCAGUCAACAGGUUCUGAGUUAUGUUUGCAAGACGUUGCUGUGUCCAGCCUACUCAGAACAGGUCUCACAGUUCCUCAUACCUGCAAUGGCGUACGGCAAAUACCCAUUUCCCUUUGUGGAUCUGAUUACCACCUUGAUAACAGGGAGCAAAGAAAAAGGUGCUGGGAAGAACAAAGGCUCCGGCCAGUCUUCUUCCGAGAAGCCUGCACCCAUUGAAAAAACAGCAUGGCUUCUGGCUGCAUUUGUCACUCUUGGGGCUAAAGCACUGGAUGAUCUUCCCCACUCUGCAGUGUGUGGGUACCUGCAUGUGCUAAGGUGGUUACUGCCUUCAUUGCAAGCAGCCCGUGAUGAUGAUGAUGAUGACGAUGAUUCUGAUGAGGAAGAGGACAUGGAAACAGAUGAUGAUAGUGAGCUGGCAGAGGCUAGGGAGGAGUGUCUGUCAGCCCUGGACUCACACACACACGUCAGCCAGAUAGUGGGACUGGUGGGGAAGGUUCACUGCAAGGCAUCCGUACUGCACGCUGUAGCCUUCAUAUGUCACUGUUUGAUCAGCCAGCACAGAUACUCCAUCCAUAGAAGACGAAUGCUGUUCAGUCUUGCUUACAAUCCCACAUUUAUAAGAAAUCUGUGGAAGUUUUGUGUUCAAGAAUCCACGGUCACCCACACCAGGGAGACCAAGCCCCUUAUUCACCUGCUGAGCUGCAGUCAGGCUAUGGAGGAGAGUGACAUGGCUCGUAUUGUCCCACUGCUGUCUACAUUCUGCUCCUUGUUCAGCCAUUCUCUCCACACACUGCACGAUGCUGACUUUUAUGGGGGUAUCAAAGGUCCUGGAUCAAGAAUGCCGUUUGAAUUGAAAGAAGUAGAGAAUAUGUCCAUGGCGUUGAGAGAUGUAUGUCUGGGCAUACUAGAGCUGGCCCAUCCAGACGCCAGGCCAACAGUCAAUGAUGACUACAGACGUGUUCUUGCUAAUAAAGGCCAGAGGAAGGAUACCAAGGAGUUGAGCAAGGAAACCAAAGAGUGGGGAAGUUUGUUUAAGGUGGUUGCUGGCCUUGUUCGGCAAAUAUAUACUAGAGACUCAAGAAAGUCAUUCUGUGGCAAAAAUCAUUGGCUAACUGACAGGUUCAAAAUCAUAGCAGAUGCACCAUCACAGAUCUACGGUUCUUCUAUGUUGGUCCGUCCCCCAUUUGUUACCAUGCAGUCGUUGACCCGUAUCAACGCGGAGGAAGGCGGACCACCGCUGUCAAACAGGGACGUCAAGAACCUCGUAAUUCUCACUGAGCUGCCCUUUGUUGUAGCUUUCCAUGAAAGAGUGAAGAUAUUUCACAAGUUUCUGCAGAAGGACAAGGAAGAAUUCGAGACUGAGACCAUUCCGUUCAUAGGCCCCCGAUCUGUCAGUGUGAUGAUCAGGAGGAACUAUAUCUACGAGGACGCCUUUGAAAAACUAUCACUAGACAAUGAGCCCAACUUGAAGUACAAGAUGCAUGUUCAGCUGGUGAAUGCAGCAGGGAUGGAUGAGGCAGGUAAAGACAGGGGCGGCAUCUUCAGGGAGUUCCUUGGACAGCUGCUGAAGACUGGCUUUGAUCCCAACCGAGGGUUCUUCAGUCAGACCCCUGACAGACUUCUGUUCCCCAACCAGCAGUCUGCUCUACUGGUGGAUAACUUUGAACAACAUUACUUCUUCCUGGGCAGGAUGCUGGGAAAGGCGAUCUAUGAGAACAUACGGGUUGCGCUUCCAAUGGCGUCCUUCUUCCUGUCUAAGCUGCUAAGUCGCCAUCUCGGCAACUUGGACAUUGGCCACCUAGCCUCCCUUGACCCAGAGAUCUACAAGAACCUGCUCUUCCUCAAACACUACGAGGGAGAUGUCAGCGAUCUUUACCUCGACUUCACUGUGGCAAUUGACGAGUUUGGGAAAACAAAGGUUAUAGAGCUGAAACACGGUGGCCGAAACAUACCAGUUACAACCAACAAUCGCAUAGAAUACAUUCACCUCAUGGCAGACUUCUAUCUAAACAAGCGGAUUCACAAGCAGUGUGCUGCAUUCCGUAAUGGUCUGUUUGACGUACUGAACCUGGAGUGGCUGCGGAUGUUUGACCAGCGGGAGUUACAGGUGCUCAUCUCAGGUGCGGCUGACAUUUUUUAAGACCACCUACAACGAUAGUCUGGGAGAUAGUGGAGGACUUAAAAGU